AUGGUGAAAGUCAUGAAAAGUCAAAAAGUAGUCAUUGUCUUAGCCGGCCGUUAUGCUGGCCGAAAGGCUGUGGUUAUUAAACCAUACGAUGAAGGUAGUAACGAACGUGGUUAUGGUCAUGCUCUUGUUGCUGGUAUCUCGCGUUAUCCACGUAAAGUAACAAAAAAAAUGGGAAAGAAAAAACAAGCACGUCGUAAUAAAAUAAAGACAUUUGUUAAAGUUGUUAACUAUAAUCAUUUAAUGGCUACUCGAUAUACGGUUGAUAUUAACUUUGAAAAAAGUUUAAUCAAUAAGGAUAUGUUUCGUGAUGCUGGUCUUCGACGAAAAGCUCUUCGAGAUGUAAAAGAUAAAUUCGAAGAACGAUACAAAACAGGCAAACAUAAAUGGUUUUUUCAAAAAUUACGAUUUUAA